AUGCUGCACUUCAUCUACCUGUUUGUAUUACCACUGGCUUCUGGGCAAUCUGACGAUGCUGAGAAGGAGAAUGGAAUUUGGCCCAGAUGGGAGCAACGCACGAUCCGCUGCACAAAUUCCACGCAGGGCCUCGAUUGCCACCUGGAGGCGCCCGGAUCAAGGAUCCUGAGUGACACGAACCGUUUUAAAUGCCACCGCGAGCCGAUGCCAAAGACCACUUGGAAUGGGCUGCCAGAGUCGGAGACUCGGAUCGCCUGCCCGAUCGGGUGUGCCCCUGAAGCCGAUCUGUCCGUCAUUCAAAAGACACCCUACAACAACCCGAAAUGUGUCAAGUAUUUCACGUAUGGAAAGUAUAGGGAUGCCCGUCUAAAAGAAUGGUUCCUGUGGGUGACUGCCCCUUGCUUCCCAGAAACACUAACCACCCACUGUCGAUUCAAGGAUAUCCCCCAGAAACCGGCCGAGGAGCUGAAACACCGUCAAAAGGCC